AACCCCUCCACCCCCCGAGCCCGGGGCGCGACCUCGCCGGCGCCUCCGAGCCUCCAGCGCCAUCAUCUGUGCCCAGACUUUGCGGACUUUGGCUGUCGCGGUCCCCGCGCCUCUGCCCCCUGCCCAGCUCGGACCCCGUCCCCGCUUCUCUCCCCGCUCUGCGCCCCUCCUCUGCCCUCCGCCCCAUCUCCGUCCUCCCCUUCCUCCUCUCUGCUGUCCCCGCGCCCUCCUCCGCGGCCCGGCCGAGCCAGGCCCCAGGGGGCGGGAAGGCGGCCGGGCGUCCGGCGGGCUGGGCCUCGGCCUGGCGGCUGGGCCGGCGUGGGGAGCCGCAGCUGUUUGCCAUUAGCCGGGACCCCGCAGGCCCCGCCCCCUCCCUGCGCGGGGCGGGGUCGUCCUCCUCGCCCCCGGCUUUGGGGGGGAGGGGGGCGCGAAGACCCCAGAGACGUCCAGGCCGGGCUGGGAUGGGGGCUUUAGGGAGACCCCGCCCGACCCCGCGAGCCUCCUGCCUGUCCCCUCCUGGAGUGUCCUGUCUCCCUUUCUCUCCAUCUCUGUCGGUCCUGUCCCGUGUCCUCCUCCCUGUCCCCCAGGGGUCCCCUAGAGGAAGAGGGGCCUCAGACGCAUACAUUCCCCCACCACACUCCCCUGACCCCCAUCUCCUUUCUCCGCCUGGAGUCACCUGCCCACAUGGAGGGCGCUCCGAUGGCUGGACACCCUCAGACCUCAGUCUCUCUGUCUGGGAAAUGGGCAGAGGGAUGUGGCGUCGGGGUGCGGGUGGCUUGGCCGGCAGAUUCCCCCUCUGCCCGGCUUAGGUUCAAAUCCAGGCCCAGUCACAUCCCCCUCCAGUGACCCCGGGCAAGUCGCUGUCCAUUUCUGCACCUCCAGAUUCCCCAUCUGUAAAACAGGGUGGCAGCUACCGCUUGGUGGGGUUGUGGUGAUGUUUGCUAUAGUCAUUACUAUUACUCGCCCCACCCCUGUGCACCUCCGGGGGCCCCCACAGGCUGUUCCAGUCCUGCUCGCUGCCUCCAGUCUCUCUCAGGUCCCCAGAAAAUAUAUUUGAUCACCUCCCCGUUGUGGAGGGGGUGCGCCUCCAGGCAGGCAGGAAACCAAAAUUCCUGUCAUCGGGGACCGUGUGUUUCAGGCAUUGAAAGACAGAGAAGUGAGGACAGAGUCGUGGACAGACAGAGAGAGAAGUGGAAAGAGGCAGAGAGAGAGACGCGGAGAGACGCAGAGAAACGCGGAGAGAGACUGAGCAGGAGACACGCAGAGUGAGAGAGAGGACAAGCUCGGCCAGCCGUGGAGUUCCAGCCCCGCCUUCAUGCCCGGCAGGUGCCCCACCUGGCCCAUCCUCCCAGGUAAGCCUCAGCCCGUGCUGCAGGCAGUCUGAAUCACAGUCCCCAAAGUGACUCUUGAGGAGCGACCGCAGACCGGAGGAUGGCCCAGGUCCUGCAUGUGCCAGCCCCCUUCCCAGGGACCCCCGGCCCAGCCUCCCCGCCCACCUUCCCCGCCAAGGAGCCCGACCCGCCCUACUCGGUGGAGACGCCGUACGGCUACCGCCUGGACCUGGACUUCCUCAAGUACGUGGAUGACAUCGAGAAGGGCCACACGCUGCGCCGGGUGGCCGUGCAGCGCCGGCCCCGCCUCGGCUCGCUGCCCCGCGGGCCCGGCUCCUGGUGGACGUCCACCGAGUCGCUGUGCUCCAAUGCCAGCGGGGACAGCCGCCACUCGGCCUACUCGUACUGCGGCCGCGGCUUCUACCCGCAGUACGGCGCCCUGGAGACGCGCGCCGGCUUCAACCCGCGCGUGGAGCGCACGCUGCUGGACGCGCGGCGCCGCCUCGAGGACCAGGCGGCCGCGCCCCCCGGCCUGGGCUCGCUGACGCCCAGCGCGGCCGGCUCCACGGGCUCGCUGGUGGGCGUGGGGCUGCCGCCGCCGACGCCGCGGAGCUCGGGGCUGUCCACGCCGGUGGCGCCCAGCGCCGGGCACCUGGCCCACGUGCGCGAGCAGAUGGCGGGCGCGCUGCGGAAGCUGCGGCAGCUGGAGGAGCAGGUGAAGCUGAUCCCCGUGCUCCAGGUGAAGCUGUCGGUGCUGCAGGAGGAGAAGCGGCAGCUCACCGUGCAGCUCAAGAGCCAGAAGUUCCUGGGCCACCCCGCGGGGGCGCGGGCCCGCGGCGAGCUCUGCCUGGACCUCCCCGAGGCCCCCGAGGACGCGGCGGCGCUGGAGACGCGGAGCGUGGGCACCUGGGUCCGCGAGCGGGACCUGGGCGUGCCCGACGGCGAGGCGGCGCUGGCCGCCAAGGUGGCCGUGCUGGAGACGCAGCUCAAGAAGGCGCUCCGGGAGCUGCAGGCGGCGCAGGCCCGGCCGCCGCCGGACAGCGCGGGGCGCGUGGACACCGUCCGGGUGGUGGAGGGGCCUCGCGAGGUGGAGGUGGCGGCCAGCACGGCCGCCGGGGCCCCUGCACAGCGCGCCCAGAGUCUGGAGCCCUACGGGGCGGGGCUGCGCGCCCUGGCGACGUCCGCAGGGGCUGAGAGCGCCCCCGUGUUCCGCAGCCGCGAGGUGGUGGAGACGGUGCUCCCGACGCCCGCCGCGCCCGCCGCCAACGUCCACCUGGUGAAGAAGAUCAGCAUCACCGAGCGCGGCUGCGAGGGGGCUGCAGGUGUCCCACAGCCUCCUGCAGAGUCGUCUUCCUCACCCGCGGGGUCCACGGCGGCCUCCCUGGCACAGCCCGAGGAGAAGGCCGGCCAGGGCCCCGCCAGCGCCGCCGCCGACAGGGAGCCCUCCAGGCCAGCAGCCUCGUGCGCGUCGGAGGAGGCCGAGGGCGCGGGCGGGCCCCAGGCGGGCGUGCGCUCCACCAUGAAGCGGAAGGAGGACCCCGCGGACCCCGCGGCCCACCAGAGGAGCCUCCAGUUCGUGGGGGUCAACGGCGGGUACGAGUCCUCGUCCGAGGACUCCAGCACGGCGGAGAACUUCUCGGACAAUGAGAGCACAGAGGGCGAGGCCCCAGAGCCGGCGGGGAGGGCGCCGAGUGUGGCCGGAGCCCCCCAGCUCAGGCCCGAGGGGACGGCGGGAGCCAAGACCGGCCCGGAGGAGCGCCAGCCGUCUCGGGAGCCUCAGCACGUGCCCGCAGCCGAGGGGGCGUCAGGGGCCAGUGCGGAGGAGGAGAUCCGGUUGGAGCUAAGCCCUGACCUCAUCUCGGCCUGCCUGGCCCUGGAGAAGUACCUAGACAACCCCAACGCACUCACGGAGCGGGAGCUGAAAGUGGCCUACACCACCGUGCUCCAGGAGUGGCUGCGCCUGGCCUGCCGGAGCGACGCCCACCCCGAGCUGGUGCGGCGCCACCUCGUCACCUUCCGGGCCAUGUCGGCGCGGCUGCUCGACUAUGUGGUCAACAUCGCCGACAGCAACGGCAACACGGCGCUGCACUACUCCGUGUCGCAUGCCAACUUCCCCGUGGUGCGCCAGCUGCUCGACAGCGGCGUCUGCCAGGUGGACAAGCAGAACCGGGCCGGCUACAGCCCCGUCAUGCUCACGGCCCUGGCCACCCUGAAGACCCAGGAGGACCUCGAGACCGUCCUGCAGCUCUUCCGGCUCGGGGACGUCAACGCCAAAGCCAGCCAGGCGGGGCAGACAGCCCUGAUGCUGGCGGUCAGCCACGGGCGCGUGGACGUGGUCAAGGCCCUGCUGGCCUGCGAGGCAGAUGUCAACGUGCAAGACGACGACGGCUCCACGGCCCUCAUGUGCGCCUGCGAGCAGGGCCACAAGGAGAUCACGGGGCUGCUGCUGGCCGUGCCCAGCUGCGACAUCGCGCUCACUGACCGCGAUGGGAGCACGGCUCUGAUGGUGGCCUUGGACGCGGGGCACAGUGACGUCGCAUCCAUGCUGUACUCCCGCAUGAACAUCAAGUGCUCGUUCGCCCCGAUGUCAGAUGACGAGAGUCUUGCAUCUUCCUCCGCAGAAGAGUAGCCGCGAGGGGCCAGGCGCCUCCUGCGGGCCGGCCGGCCCCAGAGCAAACCGUCCCUCCCCCUGGGCCCUCGUCCUCGUCUCCUCCCCGCCAGCCCCCACCCGUACCCACCAAGGCCCCAUCUCAAGGGCAAGUGGGUUUUUCUGCUUCCCAGGGGGCCCCCGCAGCGACACGACUCCAGCCUCCAGCGGGUUCUUCCCGGCACCCCGUUCAGAGCAGCCGCAGCACCAACAGAGGCUGACUUCUUACAGAAAUUGGCGCCAGGGGCUGAUGCUGGGGGGUGGGUUUAUGAGGAACAUCGAGAACAAUCAACUGGCAAUUACGGAUGGAGGAGGAUGAGACGGAAAAAUAUCGGAUUUUGGGAUCAUCGUCGGGGGAGGGGAGGAAAAUCCUAUUACUUGUUGCCAAAUUUGAAAGUCACUGGAAUCGCCUAUUUUCAUUUUAAUCCUGAAUGUCACCAUGCAUGGGUCACGUCUGGAGUGGCUGUACGCCCCCCUCGCCCCCCACAUUUAAUUGUCUGGUAUAUAAUAGUGUUUUGUCCGCUCCCCCCCGACGGCUCUCGGGAGACUUUUCUUGUGGUCUCGUCACAGAAUAGAUUCUGGCCUGGUCACCCGGGGCAGGAAGCCCA